ACUUACUCUGUGAACCAACCCAUUGCUGGAGUACAGGGAUAUUCCAUCAAUCAGCCAUCCGCGGUACUACCAGGCAUUCCUCCUAAUGCUCAGCCAACAAUCGCGGUGCCUGGAUACCCAAACAACAAUCAACAAGUCGGAAUGCCGACAUAUGCAGUCAGAAAGCCUAUGGUGCCCAUGGGUGGUACAACGGACAUGGCUUCUCAGAUCAUUCAAGAAGUUAUUGGCAAGGCCCUCAAAAGCGGAGCCCAUCAAAACGGAGGAAAUCCUUACUUUGCCGGGCCAAGUGGUACUGGUCACUGGUCCAUGCCUGUGCAUCCGGUCACUGGAUGUCCCUUCGGAUCCAGAGCUUUGGUACGAGCCGACCGCAGCGUUGUGAUGUGUGCCGAACAGCCAUGCCCUAACGGAUUUGUAUGUGUGUUUGCUGAGAGGGAAAACCGCUUCCAGUGCUGUUCAUCCUCGCAGAUACUGUCUGCUAGCAUCCCUGUCGAUUCCUCGUCCACAGCAGCUACGGUUGUGCAAGUUACAACCGAUGAUCCAAUUGUUGAGUGCCCGCCGGGAUUUUUCCUCAUCGAGGGCAAGUGUUUGAAG